AUGUCUGAUUCCGAGGAUCCUCUUGACCAAAUUGAUGAGGGUGGUGAUGACCUCUUCGGUGAUGAGGAUGAUGCUGGCUCGCCCACGCCACGCGUUGUCGACGACGAUGACGACCUAGCUUCCGACCCCGACGACGAGGGCGGCCGGCAGCGUUAUGAUGAUGACGAUACCCAAGUCCAGCAUGAAACAAAAGAAAAGGUCGUCAUGGCGGUGCAGGCCUAUCGCCACCGAGUCCCCAAGCCCAAGGACAAUAUACUUCGUGUUAUGCGAGUUCCUAAAUUCAUCAAAAUCAUGCCCGAAGAAUACGUUUCUGAAAAGUUUCAACCGACCGAAUUCGACACCACCAACGCCAAGCAAGAACACCCUGCUCACGUUGCUCGAGUACGCCGAAACGAUAGCACGGGGCUCCUGCACAGCAAUGCCAAUAUAUACCGAUGGAGUGAUGGAUCCAUAACAAUCGGUAUCGGCGGCGAGCACUUUGAAAUUCAAACGAAAGCUUUGGCGCCAGCUCCGGGGCAGCCUUAUGAUGAACUUAAGGACGGUCAUUAUUACGCUGCCGCUGCAGAAUUGAGCAGUAACCUGUUGAUGACUGUCGGACAUGUUGCUGAGCAGUACAACGUUCGACCGAACAAGGGCGGUGGUGAUGAUGCGCUAGCACUACUGGCUCAGCGCAUGCAGCAGGCUAGCAAGACUGUCAAUGAGGAUGACAUGAUCAUCCGCACAACUAGAGAUCCUGAGCUCCAGAAGAAGGAAGCUGAAAUGGCAGAGAAGGAGCGCAUGAAAGCGCAAAGACGUCGCGAGAAUGCGGCUGCCAAGAUGGACGGUCUCGGACGCUACAACAGGGGAGGCGGCCUCUCGAUUGGCGACCUCGAAGGUGGCCGGAGGGGAGCUGGCUCCGGGCGGAAGCGAGGCCAGCCUGGCUCGAGACCCAAACGCAGAAAUCCAGAAUAUGAUUCUGACGAUGACCUGCCGCAGGGUGUUCGCAGGCAGGAAGACUACGAUAUGGACGAUGGCUUCCUUGUCGGCAGCGACGAGGAGGAGAUGGAAAGCGACGCCGAAGAAGAGGAAGAAGAGCUGCUGGACGAUGACGAGGAUGACCGCAGACGCCGCAAGUCCAAGAAGCGUAGAACCCGUCACUCGGACGACGAGGAUGCUUCGGGUGAUGAGGUGGUGGAAACGUCUGGGCGAGCCAGGCGACGCAACGUUGUGGACGAUGACGACGACUGA